CAACCAAUAAUAUUGCGCCAUUUGACACUCCAAGAGGAUACGCUUUUAUGAAUGACAGAUGAAUUUUCAUUCUUUUCAGUUUUUCCUAACCUAUGAGCGUGGGGUUUAAACUUUUUUUGUGAUUUCGCAAUAUUUUUGACAUUUGUACAUCAAUUUAAUAAUUUCAGUACAAAAAAAUAAGGAAAAAUGGCAGAUACAGCAACGGAGGGUGGUAAAAUUGUAAAAAUGGAAGUGGAUUACAGCAGCAAUUGCGACACAAAGAUUCCAGAAUGUAAAAAAAUGGCUCGUGAAGGAAAAAUGCACGAUGCUCUGGAUCAAUUGUUGGCUCUUGAAAAAUUAACUAGAACAGGUGCCGAUAUGGUUUCCACGUCUAGAGUACUUGUGGCAAUCGUUGAAAUUUGUUUGGAGGCAAAAAAUUGGACAGCUCUCAAUGAACACAUAAUACUUUUGUCGAAGAGACGCUCCCAAUUAAAACAAUCUGUAACAAAAAUGGUGCAAGAAUGCUGUACUUAUGUAGAUAAGACACCAGAUAGAGAAACAAUGAUUAAACUCAUAGAAACAUUACGUUCGGUAACGGAAGGAAAGAUUUACGUAGAAGUUGAGAGAGCAAGACUUACUCAUCGUUUAGCAAAACUUAAAGAAGAAGAUGGAGAUGUUUCAGAAGCAGCCAGAGUUAUGUUAGAGUUACAGGUGGAGACUUACGGCAGUAUGUCACGAAGAGAAAAGGCGUCUCUCAUCUUGGAACAAAUGCGUUUGUGUCUAAUGAAGAAAGACUUCGUUCGAACACAAAUUAUCGCAAAGAAAAUCAAUGUCAAAUUCUUCGAAGAUGAAAAUAAUGAAGAGUCUCAAACUUUGAAAUUGAAAUACUACGAUUUAAUGAUGGAAUUAGCGCGUCACGAAGGAUGGCAUCUGGAACUUUGUCGUCAUAAUCGAGCCGUUUUGGAAACACCAGCUGUUCGCGAUGAUCCUGAAAAAAGACAUACAGCUUUGUCACGUGCCGUUUUGUAUCUUGUAUUAGCACCACAUGAACCAGAACAAGCAGAUCUGACUCAUAGAUUACUCGCUGAUAAACUUUUAGAAGAAGUGCCUAUUUACAGGGAAUUACUUCGAUUAUUUGUCAAUCCAGAACUCAUUAAAUGGUCAGGAUUGUGUGAAAUUUAUGAACGAGAUUUACGAGCAACUGAAGUUUUCACAGCUUCGACUGAAGAAGGACGUAAACGAUGGGCCGAUCUCAGGAAUCGUGUUGUUGAACACAAUAUUAGAAUAAUGGCGAAAUAUUACACAAAAAUAACAUUAACACGUAUGGCUGAACUUUUGGAUUUGCCUGUUGAGGAAACUGAAGCGUGCUUGUGUAAUUUGGUGGAAACUGGUAUAAUUAGCGCUCGCACUGAUCGUCCGGCAGGUGUUGUUCGAUUUACUGGUACUCAAGAGCCGGCGGCACUUUUGGAUGCAUGGGCAGCAUCUUUAUCGAAACUCAUGGGUCUUGUUAAUCAUACAACUCAUCUUAUCCAUCAAGAAGAAAUGCUCGCCGUUGCUCAGUCUUAAUAUUCCUUCUUUUUUUAAAAAAAAAAAAACAAAAAUCUUUACUGCAAUGGUCUUGUACACAAUUCUUUUUAUUAUCUAGUUCUCUUAGAUCUAUGAUGUAUUUUACACGUAUCACGUUAUUUAAUAAAAGGCAGAUAAACAGUU